UGCCCUGCCAUGCGGUUGUGCUUGUACGGUUGAAGUUUCCACGCUCUGCGAAUGCAUAGUGUUCAUUUUUUUUGCGCGCAAUUUUUUUGACGUAAAACUUCUGUGCAUGUGAAGAGGAGCCGUUGAUUGGAACACAACAACGGUUAUUUGUUGGCGUCCCUCGCCGGCAAAAACAAGUGAAAUUAAUAGAAAUAAAUUUCAAAAAAAAAGGCGAAAUUAAUGUGUUUCACAAGUUUCAUUAAAUGCUAAAAAGCAAAAAAAUAAAUAAAUUAAUAUAUAUGAAAAUACGUAAAUAAAAAGUGUCAAAGUGUUUUACUAGGUGCUUCAUUAUAAAUAUUAAGCUAACUUCAAUUCACCAAAUCAAACAUGUGUUUUAUCAACUAAACAAAAAAAAAGACCCAAUUAAUCAAACACCAAAAUCCAAACAAAACAAAGCCUCAUAAGCAAAGAAGGAGAGAAAAAAUAGAAGCCAGUGUGAAGUUAAUAUAAAAGAAAACAAAAGCAAAACAGCUUAAAAAAUCACACAAAUUUAAAUAAUGCCCAAUUUGAAAAUGUGGCUACAAAUUUUCUUCAUCUUGCCAUCACUCAUCCAGGGUGUUCAGCGCUAUGAUCAGAGCCCAUUGGAUGCCAGUCCGUAUUAUCGGAGCGGCGGCUCUUUGAUGGCUUCCUCUGCCUCAGAAAUAAGCGGCACAUCAGCGACAUCCCUCGAAGGUGGCUUCCCCCAUCAUAAUCGCUGUGAACCCAUCACCAUAUCCAUAUGCAAAAAUAUUCCCUAUAAUAUGACCAUAAUGCCAAAUCUCAUUGGUCAUACCAAGCAGGAAGAGGCCGGCUUGGAAGUCCAUCAGUUUGCUCCACUUGUGAAAAUUGGCUGCUCCGACGAUCUACAGUUAUUCCUGUGCUCCCUCUAUGUCCCCGUGUGUACAAUAUUGGAGCGACCCAUACCGCCAUGUCGAUCGCUAUGCGAAUCAGCGCGCGUUUGUGAGAAUCUAAUGAAAACCUACAAUUUCAAUUGGCCCGAGAAUUUGGAAUGCUCGAAAUUCCCAGAACAUGGUGGCGAAGAUUUGUGUGUGGCAGAGAAUACAACAUCGUCGUCAUCAACGCCAGCGGCACCGACGCGAAGUGCACCAAGAGUUACCACUAGAAAACAUCAAACAGGCGUGUCAGAGAGUCCACAUCGGAAUAUUGGAUUUGUAUGCCCCGUGCAAUUGAAAACGCCGCUGGGCAUGGGCUAUGAACUGAAAGUUGGCGGAAAGGAUCUACAUGACUGCGGGGCUCCUUGUCAUGCCAUGUUCUUUCCCGAAAGAGAACGGACCGUUCUUCGCUAUUGGGUUGGCUCUUGGGCGGCUGUCUGUGUGGCCAGUUGCCUCUUUACGGUGCUUACGUUUCUGAUUGACUCGUCGCGUUUUCGUUAUCCAGAGCGGGCAAUUGUCUUUCUCGCCGUUUGCUAUCUUGUGGUGGGAUGUGCCUAUGUGGCUGGAUUGGGUGCCGGCGAUUCGGUUUCGUGCCGUGAGCCAUUUCCGCCGCCCGUUAAAUUGGGACGCUUGCAGAUGAUGUCCACCAUAACGCAGGGUCAUCGUCAGACGACCGCCUGUACCGUAUUAUUCAUGGCAUUGUAUUUCUGUUGCAUGGCCGCAUUUGCCUGGUGGUCGUGCUUGGCAUUCGCCUGGUUCCUGGCUGCUGGCCUCAAAUGGGGCCACGAGGCAAUUGAAAAUAAAUCACAUUUAUUCCAUUUGGUUGCUUGGGCGGUUCCCGCACUCCAAACGAUAUCCGUGUUGGCCCUGGCUAAAGUUGAAGGUGACAUUCUGUCUGGCGUUUGCUUUGUGGGACAAUUGGAUACUCAUUCGUUGGGUGCAUUUCUGAUACUGCCCCUCUGCAUAUAUCUUUCGAUCGGCGCACUAUUUCUGCUGGCUGGUUUCAUAUCACUUUUCCGCAUUCGCACCGUAAUGAAGACGGAUGGCAAACGCACGGACAAACUGGAACGUCUCAUGCUACGGAUUGGCUUCUUCUCCGGCCUGUUUAUAUUGCCCGCGGUGGGCUUAUUGGGUUGCCUCUUCUAUGAGUAUUAUAAUUUCGAUGAAUGGAUGAUUCAAUGGCAUCGGGAUAUAUGCAAACCAUUUUCCAUACCAUGCCCCGCUGCCAGGGCACCUGGAUCGACCGAAGCACGGCCAAUAUUUCAGAUAUUCAUGGUGAAAUAUCUAUGCUCCAUGCUUGUGGGUGUCACCUCCAGUGUUUGGCUAUAUUCAAGCAAAACCAUGGUCAGUUGGCGUAAUUUUGUGGAGCGUUUACAGGGCAAGGAGCCAAGGACAAGGGCCCAAGCGUAUGUCUAGUAUGAGACAUGGACAAAGGGGGUGGGUAAAGAUGCUGCAAAUGGCGAUAACGAUAUCGAUGGCGAUCUGGAGGCUGCUCAUGCUCGUGGUGAUGGUGCAGGGAAGCAAACAGUGGCCAUGCCUCCAGAUGAUGAUGCGGCCAAUGAGAGUUACUUAGUGUUUAGCACGUAGAGUCUUCAGUCUACCCCUUUCCCCUCUUAAUACCCAACUAAGCAAAUACAGUCGUAGUUGUAGGUCUCUCAUUAAUGUGUAAAGGAAAUUAGAAAAUGGUUCUGCAAAUUAAAAAUCAGUUUUCAAUACGAUUUAACUGAAAAUUCAUCCCUUGCGGAAUCAGUUUCGAGCAGUCCUUCAAACAAAACACGAAAAAAAAACAAAAACAUUAUAAUAUAACAAAGCUUUGUAUAAAGUUCAUCUGUCUCUCGAAUCAAAAAUUGACUCUAAGCUACUUAUUGUUUAAAAAACUUUAUGUUACACACACAAACAAAAAAAAAAACACACACACAUACAUACUUAAAAAUUUAGAGCCCUCAUUGGGCUUUGUUGUUGAACCAAAACUAUUGAUAUAAGUUUACAAUUAUUUUAUUAAUCUAUAAGUCUCAAGUAUUUUUAGUAUGCUAAAAAAACAAAA